AGCAGCUGUAUUCCCGCAACGGUUCUGGCUAGAGGGGAUACAGCUACCGACAAAUCUCGCAAGACGUUGGGUUUAGGGGUGUAUGAUUAGGAUAAAAACCGGUUGUGGCUACAUACAGCUACGGCCUAAUCGGUGAAACGUUGGGAUGUCAACCACACAGACAGCAUCUGUCAACACAGAUCUUCCCAAAUCACACCGCCUGUUUAGGUUUUACGACCCUGAAGUGGUUGCGGUAAUGGCAAUAUUACUUGGUUUGUUUCAAAUUCUUUUGGCUGCGCCAACUUACAGCGCCAUCACUGAUAUGAGGUUUUUGUUUAUCUGUCCCCUGUGUGGUGGUUGUGUGUGUCUGCUUGCUGGGUCAUUAAGUAUGGCAUCUGAAAGAACUCCUAGCAGACAACUGUUAAGAAAAUGUCUCUUUGCUGGUAUUGCUAGCCUGGGGAUGGCAGUGAUUGCUCUUGUUCUGUAUGCCUAUGCUGCAAGUAACAUUCCAGUCUAUUCAUCUUGCCAAGAGUACGACCUUAAUUUAUGUCCAGAAUAUGUAUUUCACAAUUUCUACAAAGCGAUCUCUGGGCAGCUAAUGUUUUAUGAUAUUGUAACUCUGGCUGUUAAUGGUUUCUUAUCAGUUUCUGCAUUCCAAGGACUGAAAACCAACUGAUAUAACAUUUUAUAUGCUUUUAUAUACAAUGCGUUUCUUUGUUUUAAAGUAAAAUAAAUUUAAUGAUAUCACUUUGAUAUUUUAAUUUGUAUUUUUGUUUUUGUUUUGUUUUGUCUAGCCUAUAUAUAACCAAGAGGCAUUACA